ACACAAAACAAAACAACUCCCGAAGGCGAAUGUCAAACGUGCAGGAUAAACAUUACCGAAUUUUCACUGAUAACACGUACAUAAGUGGUGACGGCGACGUCGAGUGCUUUGCAUCUGAAUUACUCCGCUAAGUGAUUGAUUGCUGUUUUGCAACUUUUAUAAAACACCAAAUCAAAACAAAUCGCAUAGUUCGAAACUUGUCGGUGUGGUUAUCCCGGUGAAGCUCGUCCCAGUGCAGCACGAUGGGCCAGCAAGUGUCCACUUUGCCGCAGAAGAUCCUACCGAACGAUACGGUGGAUUCGCUGCAGUUCGAAAUAAAAAAGCAGGCGCAGAUUUUCUCCGAGAUCGGCAGCCUCAGCUACGAGGACUUCCAGAAAUGUCUGGCCGAUCUCAAUAGCUUAUCGCGCAAAUGUCUGGACCCGAACGGGAAACAGCUAGUCUUCGCGGUCAAAAAAGGCACCGACAGCAGCGUCCUCUGGAAGGGUACGGUACGCAUUGCGUGCGUCAAGGUUGAUCCCACCACCAAAAAGGUCGAAUGUUACAAACUGCUGAACCUGAAGCAAUUCCUGCAGGUGUUCCGCACCUUCCAGACCAAUCUGCACGCGAUGGUUACCGUUGAGACGCAAAGGAUCCGUAGUCCCACAUCCAGUCCAACACAUUCCAGUUCCACGUCGACCACAACGACCAACGGGCGCAAUGGUAGCUCAUCGAGUGGGGCCGGAUCGUUCGAGCGACCGGAUUUCAGCCCACAAACGCCAAAUUCAUUUGUAUUUCCGCAUGGCCCAACGAUCACAACGGCAUCGAUGCUGAUGGAACAGGUCGAUGCAAUCAGUGGUGGUGGAGGUGUCGCAUACUCCUGUGAGGAUUCAAACGGAGGAGCCAUCGGAGGGGGACCCAUCGAGUGCAACGAGUGCUGCAUCUGCAUGGAACGGAAACCGGAAGUGUCGCUUCCAUGCGCUCACAGCUACUGCACACCCUGCAUCGAGCAGUGGAAUAUACACCAGAAGAAAUGUCCGAUAUGUGACGAGGAGCUGGCCAGUACCGACGACACUUGGGUCCUGUCAGAGAUGCCAGAAGCUGAGGAGAUCAGUGAAGAGAUCUGUGUCACCUUGAUGAAGUUGUCUGUCGAUGAGCGUAAAAAGUGAGUGCCAGAUGGGUGUCGCGGAGAAUAAUUAUCUGUUUUAUGUUUCACGCAUCUGGGAAUGAGUACCUGCAGAGCUGAUGUGUGAUGAGAAUGUGUCGGAAAUUCAUGACUACAUACAAUGGCUACAACUAGUCUGUUGGUCAUUGUAUUGCUAUGCGAAUAGUAGAUCUGUUAGGUUUGUUUUUGUAAUGCUAUUGUUUGAUAUCGUUUAUUCAUUAAGUAUAUGACAUAUUCUCUUAUAAAAUCAGAAACGAAACAACAAAAUAUUCUAUAAAAAAUGACUUGUUCAUUAUGCAAAAUUAUUGAAUGCUAUCAACGCUUGAAAUAUACAUAUUAAUAAAUGUA